AGAGGAGGGGGAAAUAUCCCAGUAACGUUGGGAACGGCUUCCUCAGCGCUUUUUCCCGCCCUGAGAGAAAGAGAGGAAAAAAAACGUAGGCGGGGUCACGUGGUGAAAGCUGCUCGCGCAGAGCAGGAAGCACGUGAUUCAAGCGGAAGAGGGAAGGAGACGGGGAGUGGUCGCCAUGGGGACCGCGGUGGAUGUCAAGAUCAAGCGAGCGAACAAGGUGUAUCAUUGCGGGGAAGUACUUACUGGAGUGGUAGUCAUAACAAGUAAAGAUUCUGUCCAGCACCAGGGAAUCUCACUAACAAUGGAAGGAUCGGUAAACAUGCAGCUCAGUGCCAAAAGUGUUGGCAUGUUUGAAGCCUUCUACAAUUCUGUUAAGCCUAUCCAGCUUAUUAAUAACACUGUAGAAAUGGUAAAACCUGGAAAACUCCCCAGUGGUAAAACAGAAAUUCCUUUUGAAUUUCCAUUGCAAGUGAAGGGAAACAAAAUUCUCUAUGAAACCUACCAUGGAGUUUUUGUCAACAUCCAGUAUACUCUUCGAUGCGAUAUGCGACGUUCUCUUCUGGCUAAAGAUUUGACUAAGACUUGCGAAUUUAUUGUCCACUCACCUCCUCAGAAAGGUAAACCAACCCCAAGCCCAGUGGACUUUACUAUAACUCCUGAAACUUUACAGAAUGUAAAAGAGAGGGCCUUGCUCCCCAAAUUUCUCAUCAGAGGCCACCUCAAUUCAACAAACUGCAUCAUAACCCAACCUCUGACAGGGGAGCUAGUAGUGGUAAACUCGGAUGCUGCAGUUAAGAGCAUUGAACUCCAGCUGGUACGAGUGGAAACCUGUGGCUGUGCUGAAGGUUAUGCAAGAGAUGCCACUGAGAUUCAGAAUAUUCAGAUUGCUGAUGGCGACGUCUGCAGAAAUCUUCCCAUUCCAAUCUACAUGGUGUUUCCUAGGUUAUUUACUUGUCCCACACUAGAAACUACAAACUUCAAAGUCGAAUUUGAAGUGAACAUUGUUGUUCUCUUGCAUGAUGAUCACCUUAUCACGGAGAACUUUCCACUGAAACUCUGCAGGUUGUGAUCAAGUAGGAGAAUUGUUUCAGGACUUAAGUUCGUAUCAGGUGCUUCCUGUCAUUCACUAAUCCAUUGGACUGGCACUGCAGAAUUUUACCAGGAGAUGACUCUGAACCCAGUGGCAGGCCAGAAUUCUAUGUUGUUCCUUUAAACGUGACCACACAAAAGGUUAGUAUUGAGCAAGAACUAGAUGAACAUUUUCCUUACUGGCACGGCCCAGGACAUGUUAAUUACUCAUAGAAGAUGUGGCUUUCCUUCUAGGGAAUUAAUAUACUACAGGAUGUAUCUUUGUAUUUCUGUAUUUGUAUUAUUUCUAAUAGUAAAAGUUGCAAAAGCUAAAGGACUUUUAGUUUGUUCAGUGUGCUUCAGUAACAAUAUUGCACUGAUUAUUGUAAUUCAUGUAAUCUGUCAUGUUAAUGAAAAGAAAAUAUUUUGACUUCUCACAGAUUAUGUAGUGGUAUAAUCUGUAGCACAGGGCCAUCUACAAACCUUUACUCUGAUUUGUAUGCAUGCAGACUUGCACAAUAUUGCCAUCUUCUGGCAAUUCAUUUAAAAGGAAAGAAUAAAAUGAAUACCUUUCAGCAAUGCAAAAUCAGAAAAACCACAUGAUCCCUAAUCCUCUAGCUAUGUUACUAAAUUUCUAAAAAAUUACAGCCAUACAUUUUAUUCCAUUGAUUUUUUAUUUAAUUCAGAUAUAUUUUUACUUUUGUUUUUUAGGGUAUUUAGUAUUUUGAUAUUAAGUACAGGCAGAAAGUAAUAAAAUGCUUUUUAAAUUUUAUGUCAAAGACAUUGCAUAAAUAAAAAUAUUGUAAAGCAAUGCUUUUGGGUUGGAAAGAUCAGCUGUUUACAACAAAUGUUGCCCAGGGGAUGCUGGACUGUAUUACUCAGCCUUCAAGGAGGCUCUUUCCAUGUAAUCUCAAAGUAUUCUCAUCUGUAAUCUGAAAGUAAUCUAAAGAUGUAUAGUACUCCAUUAA